UCGGUGGAGGGUACCGACGAGUGUGAAAGGCUUGCCAGAUUGUCAGCGUGUAACUGGACAUCUAGAAGCUGGACAUAUCAGGAGGCUGCUUUAGGAUCAGUUUGCGAAGUCCAAUGUGCCGACAGCACCUUUGACCCCUUUUCACGACAGGUUGGCUUGCCCAAAGCCCCAGCUCAAUCUCAGACGCAGCCUCGGCCAAAGACUCUCUCAAACUGGCUUUCUUUUCCCGCCGCCGGCGUCAUAAAGGCGCUUUCUCGCAGAUUUGUGGUUGCAUAUUCGGAAUCCAGGAGCCACCAUUCUGUCGCUCAUGCAGAUGCUAGCGAGGCCAUACAUGCAAGCAUGAUCCGACAACUAGCCAAGGACCUUGGGCAGACAUAUUCAAACAUCAAGCCCCAGCCAGUUGUCAAUGGCGACGGUGAUGAAGUCCCGACUCCUGACUUGUGCACGGCUUUCGUGCGAGCCUGGAACGAGAUCAGCAGGAGAAACACAACAGUCCAAGAAGACUCACACAUUAUUCUCGCCAACCUCCUUGGCUUCAACUCCCGUCCCAUCUUGAAGCUUGCGAAGCCAGAAGAUCGGAUGUCAACUAUUCUCUGGAGUAUGGAUGGAAUACCGAUGUCGCUAUUGUUCAACAAAACUGGACCGAGGCAGAAUCCAGCUGGGAACCACCGAAACCGAUGGGUGCCUCUUUACCCAUCCAGGCAGAGACUGCGCCCUGGCGCGACAUAUUCAAAUCUCCGAGCCAUCAGAGGCGAUCUUUACUUGCCGAACAACAGCGCCAGUCGUCGGGAGAUGUCCGUCUUGGUCUGUACCGAGUAUCCCGAGCCCAACUCGACCGCGAAGUUUUCGGUAUGGGAUGCCUCCGUCGGAAAGCGCUACACCGUGGAAAUGCAUCGACAAGAGGGAACACUUGAUCCUUUUGCUGCACCAGAAGUUGGCCCGUACUGCAUAGUUAUUCAGCACAAGACAGACUCCGGACAUACCCCCACGACGAUGCCUGGUGCUCUGUUCCGCAUUCGUCGGAUUGUGACCAACGUGAGGAAAUGGUAUAAUCACAACCUGGAGCCGGAAUACGUCAAAUCGUUCGAACUAGUUGAAAUCGAGGAUGCGGGCGAAGGGCGGAUCGGGGCCAAAGAAAAGCAAAAGUCGGCGUCGUCCGAGCUCAACGACUUGGGUUCAGCAUUUGCCCGGCAUCACUCGGGGAUCCUACGGACAGUCUACGACUGUCCCUUGACAGUCUCACUCCAGACAGAGGAAUCCACCAAUGGCAGCAGUACCAAGUCUGUACACGAGAAGGAAGAAAAAGCUCUGGCGUUAACUCCGAUACCGCUUCCUGAAUCUUGGCAGGUGGCUAUCGAGCGAGAUUCUCCUACAUUCCCAGUCCCGCUAUCCUCUCGCCCCUCAUUCUCGGAAGCGAUGACGCCUGUAGCACCAUACUUCCUCGUGACCGCCUUGGACGGACUAGUUGCCAGCGGUUGCGUCGCUUUGAUUAUCGCCAUCUGCGUCACAACAUUCUCGCUGCUGGCACCGCUCGCGAAGGGAGUCUUGAUGGCGAAAAUGGGUUUACAUUCCCUCGUCUUGAUUCAAAUGUUCAUGUUGUCGGGCUUGGAGCCCCGACUGAUCUGGGACGUGCUUCACCUCGUCCUGGUUGCGCUUUACGCUUUUUCACGGGUUGCCAGCGGACAGCCGACUGCGUUGGACUUUGCAUUCAUCUGCUGGUCUCUUGUCGGUCACGGCAUUGACUUUGCUGCGAGGUUGGCAAUCCAAUGGUUUGUGGUCCCCGGCUUGUUUGAAAAGUACCUCGCCAACUUCGACCCUGAAGAUGGGUUCUGGGGCCAAGGCGACUUUCUGCUUACCACGACAUGGUACGGCCGGAUCUUGGCAAGACUAGGACGAAAAUCCGGCCAAGAUCGAGCCGGUCAGAUACUUGGUGAGGUUCCAGAACAUUGGCGCUCGGAACAGCAUUUGCUCGGGAAUAUGGAAGGGUGAUAGCUUCCAAAGGAGAGUUAAGUAAUGAUGACAUGAAGUAUGAUUUGGAUAGACAAUUAACCGCACUUGGGGGUUAUGGUACUUGUAGCGGAUAGCAAUAUCUUUGUAUUCAUGUUAAUAAUGAAGAUCAAAUUAAGAUGGCAGACUUGAAGAAACUUCAAUGUAUCUAGAAAUUUCAACUAACAAUUCGACUUGGAAGUUUAUUAAAGACUCAUUCUCACAACUCACGUCUUUUUGGGUAAUUUACCAAUUCAUUGAAGACACUUGAAGAUAUGG